UAAACUGUCUCUCGAUUCAAAAAAAAAACUCAAAAAAGGAAGACGCUCGCUCGCUGUUGUUUAUCAACCAAAUUGUGUUUUUGUGAUCGUUUCUGUCCUUUUUUAAAAUUAGCAGCCUUCGUCAGCUCACCGGAAAUGAAUCGGUCGAAAAAGUACUGCUGCUAUCGUGAUUGCAACGUCAACAGUCAAACCCACCCGGAGCUCACCUUGUUCCAGUUCCCCAAGAGCGACGUACGUGCCGCCAAGUGGUGCGAGCUGGGAUGCGUCGAUCCCGCUGACAUCCGACUGCAGUUUAUGUGUGAACUGCACUUUUCGCGGAUUUAUAUGUGUUUCAGCUCGCGGCGCAAAAUGCUGCUUAGUACGGCCAUCCCGUACGCCUACGGUGAACCCAUACGAGAUCAAGAAGAGGUGCAAAGCUCUUCGUCGAUGCUCGAGAACGAGGAUAUAUCGAUAGAGGAACAUUUGGAUGAGAGUGUGAUCGAUGACGACGACGACGUGGCAACGGAAAUAGUUUACAUACACCCGGAGGAGGAAGACCCAAUCCAGACGGAUGAACUGAUCGAGCCACUGUUCUCCAAAAAACGUUCCGCUUCAACCGAUACCCAAGUCUACACGAAGAUCAUCAAGGUCGAAAAAAUGCCACCCAUCUCACAUUCAAUGCUCGUUUCUUCAUCUUCAUCGUGUACGACGCCCCUGACGGACGACGCCCUGAAACCCAUUACCCCACCUAAGGGAACAAUCUUACGCAAGGUCAAGCUGAAAAAGCGUCCCGUUGCACCGAAAACCUUCACCAACAGGACGAUCAAGCCAUGUUCGGCCGCACAGAGUACCACUGUUGAAGCUACUCCAGCUGCUGAGCCAACAGUGAGUUCUUCACCUGAGAAAAAGGCACCCUCGACAAACGCAGACUCGGAUGCGUCGCCUGACGAAGAACAUCCGAAGGAAACGCAUAGUUCUUCAAAGCAAGCUAUUGAACCUGUCGCGAGUACCAGCCACAUCACCGUAGUCAAAACAGACCCUGUUGCUUCUAAAUCAGUCAAGAAAGAGGACAAACCGCCGCUAGAGGAGAAGUCCACCAGUCCAGUCAAGAAGGACGAGCCCAUCUACGAGUUCAUUUUCAAGGGCGAGGAGUAUGUACAACUGCCGAAGGCUAAGUAUUACGGCGAACAAAAGGAGCUGCAGAAGCGGUUGGAACGGUGCGAGAGUGAGAAAGCACAAAUGCAAAAGAAGCUUGAGUACUAUCGUCGGACGAUAGGUGAGUUGAAGAAGCUGCUGGCCAACGUGGGAGAUGACGAUAACGAUGAGUCGGCUGAAUAAAUGUUAAGGUAAAUUUUAA